CUUCAUGACAUUCUGAAGUUUCGGACGCACUGACGCGGCCAGAGACUCUGAGCCAAUCACAAAGCACAGAACGAAUGACGUACAUUCGUCAUGAACUCGCAGGCCUACGCGACGCGCGAGCGGAGAAUCAACUGAUGCUGUGUGUAAAUGAACUCUUUACGUGAUUUCCCAGGAUUUCCACGCCGCGAAAUGUAUGAAGAAAUGUCAGUAGAAAGAAACUGGACGGACAGCGAGACGAGGGCGCUGCUGUACAUCCGACAGGACGAAGAAAUCAGUAGACAAAUCAGCGGAACGGUUCGCGACUCUCUUAUUUACGCUGAAAUCUCAAGGCUUCUCCGCGCGCAAGGGAUCCACAGAACCAAGCGGCAGGUCACCACCAAACUGAAAACACUCAAGCAGAAGUUCCUGAAAAUACACCAGCAUCACAAAAACAACAGCCACGGCAGAGUGUACUGGAAUUACUAUGAUCUCUGCAAGUCCAUCUGGGGCAGCAACCGCUCCACAGACGCUUUAACACUUCACAAUAACCUCAAACUCGAAGAGCCCCAGAGUACAUCCAUCGAGGACGCGAGACACGAGAGCAGAUCCACAGACAUCGAGGUGUCAGUCGGUCACGACGAGGAGACGAAUGACAUGACAGACGUUGUUGCUCAACCUGUGAGGAAGAAGGCCAAAAAACAUUCCAUUAGCGCCUCUGUGAGAGAUCAAGAACCUCUCCACGUGCAGAACCAGAGGGAGUAUGAGGAACGCUUGCACAGGGAAGCCAGAGAAGAGCAGAAGGAGGAACGAGCGAGUCUUAUGGCCAUGUGGAAGGAGAUGAUGGAGUUUCAAGGGAACCUCUUAAAGGAGUUUAUUGACCGCCCAUCUCUGCCUUCACAUCCAUCUUACCACAGACAUGCCCUUCACAACCAAGGACACUCUAGUUUUCCAAGCACUAGCUACAUGGCACCGUACGACUCUCCAGGAGAUGAAACUGAGAAUGAAAGUGCAAUCUCACAAGAGGAAGAGGAGCAGGAGGAAGAGGAGAAAUAUGUUAUUCCAGCUGAGAUUGCACCCGUGUUGGACGUUCAGCCUGUUAACCGUGCAAACGACAGCCAAUCAAACACAGCAGACACUGUUUCACCCCCACCUACACAAUCAGCAGGAAAGAGCGAUCUGGAGAUGUCUGUGCUACGCAGACAGGAAAUAGUAUUACAGCUUCAGGAAGAAUACUAUUCACUCAAAAUCAAGUAUCUGAAACACAAGAUGGCCAAGGAUCCAUGACAGAGCACUAAAGAGGAGUGUUAACUGUUCUGCUCUUUCAAGCUGUGAAAACUUGCUUUGCAAUUGUAGAUGUUCUCAGCUGGACUGUGGAAAUAUCAAUGUGUAUGUGUCUGUGCACCUCAUAUUCCUUGUAGUUCAUAUUACAUAUAUUAACCAGUAGAUGGCAAGGUGGUUACUUCAUAUUUUUAGACAUGUCCAAGAGAAAUGAACAGGUAGGUCUAGGUUUUUCUUUAAAUAUGGGAAUAUUUAUAAACAUUUGUAUGGCAGAUUACUAGCAGUUGUUGUUUUUGGGACAUUAUUUUGCAAAAUUCUCCCCAUUUUCUCCACUAAAUGUUACUGGUCUUAUUAUAAAUGAUUUGUUGGUUUGUUAUGUAACACCCACUUUCACAAUCAAUUCCUGAUGGAUAACAGUCUUGCUCUACCUUUUAUUUUCCCAGUUAAGGUUCUGUUUUGCACAUUAGAGCAGUAAAAUGUGUUGCAAAUACAUUUUAAUGUUGAUUAUAGAAAUUAACAUGAGCUAGACAAUACUGUCCUAAUGUGGAGUAUGUCUGUUACCAUGAUUUUUCAUGGUAGAUACAUACUGUAGUAUUCAAAAAACUAAAUCAAAAGCAAAAGUCUUGGUCACACUUUAUUUUAAUGUUCAAUUCUCAUUAUUGACUAACCAUUAACUACGACUUUCACCUCAAUAAACUCCUAAUUUGUUGCUUAUUAGUAGUUAUUAAGGUAGUUAAGGUAUUGAUUAAGGAUGUAGAAUAUGGUCAUGCAGAAUAUGUGCUUUAUAAGUAUAAAACAGCCAAUAUGUUAAUAAUAAGCAUGCUUAUGAGCACUAGUUAAUAGUGCACUAAAGUGUUACUAAAAUCUUUUUUAAUGAAUUGUUUAAAAGCAGGGAUUCCCAAACUAUUUUUGUUAGUAAAACCCCUUUAAACUAAAAUAUUUUCUUGAGAUUUAAAUUUAUUAUUAAGUUAUAUUUAAUAUUUCAAAGCAUUUGCAUGCUCAUGGUUCUCCGAUGUCAGUUAAUGGUCGCAUGACAUGUAGGUAAACAAAAAUAAAAUAUAUAUUUUAAAUAAUUAUUUUAUUUGGAUUUGUUUUAUUCUAAAGUUAUUUAUUUUUAAUUUAAAAAAAUUCAAUAAAUAAUGGCUUUUCAUUAUCUCUCAACCCUGUGCAGUUCCUUUGUGAACCCCAGAUUGGGAAAUGGUUCAAUCAAAAAAAAAAAAAAAAAAUGGUUAUGCUGUUAUUUGUUCUGUACUCAGUUCUUACAACAUCUGUCAAGCUUUAAAAGAGACCAAAAAUGCCAUAAAACUGCUUCAUAUAAGACUUAAAGCACCCAAGUCUUUAUGUGAGUAUUUUGUGUUCCCUUACAUCUGUCAAACUCCAAAACGGCCCUUUUAACCUUGACAGACACGGGUCACUGUGAACUCUGGGUGUAUGGCAGCUGUGCAACAAUUCUUCAAAAAUGUCUACAUUUGUGUUUCACAGAAAAAAAUAAAAUAAAAUACAAGCAAACAGGUUUGGAAUAACGUGAGUGAGUAAAUAAUGACAGGAUUUUCAUUCUAUAGCCCAUGAAACAGCUCCAAAAUCUCCAGCUAUAAUGUUUUUAUAUCCUUCAGUGUUUUUUUUAACUAUCACUCUAUUUCUAUUGUAUUUUCACAUCCAUCUCUCUCUUGUUCCAAGUCUCCCUCCUGCUAUUACUUCUCACAGGAAGACAUUACAUUUAUACGACAGACCGACAAUCUUCCGUUCAGUGUUUUUGUUUUAAAAUGAUGUGUGAUGCCAAAUUGGCUAGGAUUUUCACUUUCUUUACUGUUGUCAUUUAUAAUUUUUUUCAUGUUUCAGUAUUUUGUGAAAAAAGUUUAUAGAAAGAUUUAGAAUUAUAAAGAAUGUUUUGGAUUGCAUACAGAUAAACAAUUCUACAGCUUUAUAGAGCUUAUAUCUAUAACAUGCUGUUGAUUAUAUAAACACAAAUAUACAUUUUAAUUAAUGCAUUUGGCAGAUGCUUAUCUCCCAAGUAACUUAUAUUGCAAUUAAGCAUGCAUUUGAUACAAGUGCACAUUUGAUCAAGUUAAAGCGAAUCGCUGGGAAUUGAUCCCAUGAUCUCAGUGUUGUUAAUGCAUGCUCUGUUUGGGCUAUAGAAAUGGAGCUAAUCAUUUUGGCUUGUCCUUAAAUUUGUAAAAACAAGCUAAAGUUGGUUGGUAAUGCAUUACCAGUAGUUUAUUUGCCUAAAAAAGUAGUCUCACCACUAAUGGCAUAAUUAAAGUGACUUUACAGCUCACAUAACAUAUAUUUUUUUAUGUGGAAGAAUUAACAUAAGCGCUUAAAAAACAAAAAAACAAGCUGCACAUUUUAAGCCCACGAAAGGGUCUUUAUUGGCAUCUUUGGUUCCAUGAAGAACUUUUAUCAUCCAUGGAACCUUUGCAUUAUACAAAAGGAAAAGGUUCUUUAGAUUUUUAAAAAUUGUUCUUCACACUUAAAACAAAACAAAAAAAAAUGUUUACUGAAAGUUUCUUUGGGGAAUCACAAUGGAAUCACCUUUUGGAAGCUUGAUUUUUAUGAGUGCAUUCCCUUCACAGGAAUAAAUUGUAAAUAUACUGUACACUUAUUUUCUUUAACUGAGAGAGGAGUUGAAAAUGUCUGUGAUAAUCGAUGAAAUGCCACAGAUGUCAUUCAUGGAUAAUAAGUUUGUUAAACUUUGACAGUUAAAAGUUUGUUGGAAGCAUUAUGUCUGCAGCAGAAAGAACAUACUGUAACUUUAAAGUAUCUGUCAGGGCUUCACAUCAUAAAAUGUCCAUGGGGCUUUGUGGUAAAUCCGAAUGUUCUAUGAAAUGACACUCCUGUGAAAGCAGAAAGUAAUUAAUAAAUAACUGGAAUAAAUAUAUAAGAACCUCACAAGAGUUCUCCUGUGGUUUUCCAGCGAGAGGCUGAUGAGAAAUGUCAAACAUAAUGGGCAUGAUUUUCUGUGAAGCAGCUGCUCUCGGGGUCUUGCUGAGUUGGAUUACACUUAACACUUUCCUCCUGGGUGAAAUGUCACCCUCAGACUCGGAGAGAUGACUGUUACCAAGUGCUGCAGUCAAAAUGAAAAACACUGCAACUCUUCAGAUGCUUUGGAGUCAGUGUAGACUCUGGGUGUACA